GACUGUGGGAUCUGCAGGGGAUUUUCUCUGCUCUGUUACUGCUUUUUCCUGGAGUGGGUAACGCACCUGGGGGCGCAGCAUGGCCCUGAGCCCGCUGCAGGCUUGGCUUCUCUUGCCAGCCCCCUCUGUUCAUUGCAAAGGAGCAAACCCCAGCAGCCCCCUAUUUCUGCAAGACUCCAAAAAUCCUUCAGUGUGCACGAAAAGCCCCCAGAGGAGGGCAGCUGGGCUGAGACCACUGCAGGACCAUCCUGGGGACGGCUGGGCUGGGGGCAAAGGUGCUAAACCUGGGAGCUGGGUGUUGCCUGAGCACCCAGCCUGGGCACCCGCUCAGCGCCGUGUCAUGCAGGGCUGUAGGGACACCUGGUGGGCACCUUCCAAAGCAGCAUUUUGGGACCGCAGAAAGUGCUGGGAAAACUCUUUAGAAGGGUGCAAGCCUGGCCUUGGAGUGAGGAUGCUGGGGCCAAGGCCUGUAGGGUCACCCCUAAGGGGUACGUGGGGGGAUCCUGCUCCUGCUCAGGGCUAUGGGCAUGGCGCAGGGCCCAGCGAGCAGCUGGAGGGGUGGAGGUGCUGCUGUACUCGGAGCCUGGGUGUCAUCCCCAUCCUUGUGUCACCCUUAGGGAUCUCAUCGGUCCCCAUCGUAGCACGGUGCUUAUUGGCACGUGGGAGCUGAGCCAGUGAAUGCCCCAGGCACUCUGUGACAUCAGGCAGAACGGUGGCACCGGGCAACAUCGGGCAGAGCGGUGACAACAGGCAGCGAGCCUGGGGACUGCCCCGCGCUGCCUGGGUGCACCUGAGGCCACCAGGGCAAUCGUCCAGGGGACACAGAGCCCGGGGUCACACCAUCCCGGCUGUGUCCCUGCUGGGUGCAAGGACCUGGGAGUCAGCACGGCCCCGCAGGGCCCUGUUCCCACCAGGGCUGGCCAAGGAGAGGAUGAAGCCCCAUAAGCCACCGAAGUCCCGCAGCCCCGUGGCCUCUGAGCAGCAUCAGCCACCGCAACGUGGCUCAGCAGAGAGCUGGGAAGCGUCUGCCCCCUCCUCGGCUGCGACUGCCCCCAGGGAGCUCUCCACGUCCUGCAGGACCUCCACAUCCAGCGGGACCUCCAUGUCCAGCAGGACCUCCACGUCCAGCAGAGCCUCCACAGGGUCUGCCCCACGCUGCACGAUCCUGGUGGCCGAGGUGUACCCACCCAGGCAGGCGGUGUGCAGGACGGACGUGUCGAAGCUGGACAAAGCAAUACAGACGCCCCCGUCCUUGCACGCGUUACUGAAGCAAUGGCACCCACGGCACGAGGAGAAGGGAGAAACCAAGGAUGUGAGCAACGGCCAGGAUCAGCCUCAGCGGUGGGCCUCAGCGACCAGCAGUGCCCCGGGGGGCUCCCCCCAGGCAGCGGGGCGCAGAGCCCCCAGCCCCCCCGAGGGCGCUGCCGCAGCCCAGGGCAGGAGGAGCAGCCUCUCGCCCGACCUGUGCCCGAGUCCCAGCGACGUAGAGCGGGCAGACCAGGGUCAGGCUGUGCUGGGGACGGAAGGGGACAAGGCUGAUGUCCCGGACACCGUGGUGGUGGGCAGCCUGGGGACCUGCCCGGCAGGGGAGGGGAGGCAGGAGGGGCUGAAACAAGCUCAGGCUCAUGGUCCUGCUUUUUACCACGUGCCUCCAGGAGCUGGAGCAGGAGAAAGCAGGGAGGCAAACGUGAGCCAGUUUCUGGAGGCUGAUGGAAACUGUCACGAGGAAGGGAAACAGGUCUAUGUCGAAGAGCUGAAGUCUCACCUCACCCCAGCAGAAACCCACUCAGACCAGCAUCACCAGGAGGCAAUGGAGGAUGUGGCUGUGGAUGGGGACACAGUCGACGGCCAGGACACAGGCUCCAGCACGGGCACCGUGGAGAUCUCCUUAGCCAGCGAGGAGCUGCAGGAGGUCUCGGGACACACCACGGAGGACGCAGACACUGCAGAUAAUUUUGGUUCUGACCUGGCCACAGUGGAGAUCCCCCUGGGGGAGAUCCCCCCGAACCCAGAGGAGCUGCAGGAGGUGCUGGGUCCCGCUGCUGUGGACGGGGAUGAGGGCGGCACCCAGGACCUGGUCUCCACCCCAGACACCACAGCCAGAGAGGUCCACGUGGGCAGCCAGGAGAUGCAGGAAGCCUCGGGACACAUGGAAGCUGAUGGGAAGGCAAGUUUGAGCGAAUCCAUGAAGGUGGUGAGGGUGGUCCAGCAACCACCCCUGGAGGAAGAGACCAAAGUUGAUGUCAGUGGUGAGGGCUCCAUCCUGGCCACCCCGAGCAUCCACUCAGCCCCAGAGAAGCUGAAAGAGGCACAAGUGGAUGAAAAAGUUGCUCCUGGCCGUGCUCCCAAAACCCGGGUAAAACUGAAGCUCCUGCCAAAGAAGAGGGUUCGAAAACCCCUCACAAGGGAGACAAGCAGCCCGUCCAUCUCUCCUCUUCAUUGUGUGUGUGGCAGGGAACUCCCACAGAUCCCUCAGAUGAGAAAUGAGUGUGAAGCAGUGAGGAACAUGACAAAGAAGCAAUGGAAAGCAUUCUCCGAUGCUUUCAACUUCUUCCCCAAAGACACGGAUGGCAAUAUUAACCUCUACAGCCUGGAGGUGACUGCUCAGCAGCUGGGGAUUAGCUUGGCCGGCCAGGAGGCAUACUACAAGCUGGUGUGUGCAGAAGCUGAUGGAGACAAGGCGAUGAAUUUCUCAGACUUUCUGACCACCAUUACUGACAAGAACUGCUUUAUCCAGACAGUAUUCCCUGAGAAAAGUGAUUCAGGCAGCUUUGAUUAUGUCGAUGCCAGAGGAAUCCUCCUCUGCAAAGUCUUGCUGAAGCUGGUGGAGUUGGCAGCUCUGCCCCGGAAAACUCUUCUUCAGAUUGCCAGUUACUACCAGCAGAAGCUUAGGGACUACACUGGCCACAAAGCCUGGCUGGAUGCUGAUUUCCUCACGAGUUACAGAAAGAACAACAACAAAACUAGGAAAGAUCUGGUUUAUCCUAUGACUUCCUUUGUAAGCGCUGCCCGCAUCCCAAUGAUGAAGGAAAAAGAGGCAGCAGCUUAUAUGGAACGACUCAAAGGAUCCGUGCCCCGUACAAGCAGCCCGUAUGCUCAAGUACCCAUCUUCCCACUAAUUUUGAAUGAAGACACAAAGACACUCGUGAAGCCGAAAAAAAACAUGCAGAAGCUGCUGAGGCAGAGAAAGAAAGAGCCAGUAGCUUCAACACAGACCUGCUCCAUCCAUAAGAGAAACCACGUGCAGGAGGCCGCUACCCUCAAGCCUCCUGCUCGCAGCAGAAAGCAGAAACGCUCCCCCACCAUCAGCUCAGCGCAGCCGAACAGACAGCAUCACCCAAAAACAGGCAACCAGGGCAAGACACAAGCACACACGAGCGUGAGAUCCAGCCCCACGCCCCACCUGCCCUCCAGGAGCCGCCCGCACAGCACUCCUCACUCGGAGGCGCGGGUGGCCCAGCAGUACCAGCACAGCCUGGCCCUCCGCCAGCGCGCCAGCCUGCUCAAGCUGUGGCGGAAGAUCGGCGGGGCCGAGAUCGGCCGCCAGACGGGCAGCAAGCGCUUCCACCACACCUUCUCCACCUACUCCUGGUCGUGGAACGCGUGCCAGGAGCUGGUGACCGCCGACGAGCUGCAGGCGCUGGACCGCCUGAACCGCCGCCAUCGCCGGGCCACCAGGCAGGCGACCACCACCAAAUGGACGUCCCUGGACCCCACCAGAACCCGCUGAAACGCCGGACGGUGCCGGUUUGGGCCGGGCUUCGCUCCCACCCUGUCUUCCGGGGUAAUAAAACGCGAAAUAAGAGCCGAGACAAGCGUUUUCAUCGUUUUUAUUCCACCGCACGCGGCCGCAGCCGCGGGACGCCGCUCCCCUGAGGCGGCGCUGAGGUAACGGCCGCCCCCUCCUCCCCCCACCCCCACCGCCGCCUUCGCGCGCGCUUCCCGCCGCCGCCGCCCCACGUGAC